CGCAGGAGGAGGGGAAGGGGGAUUCGACUGGAUUCUGGGCAACAGCACCGUAUCAUAUUAGAAAUAUUUACCAAAAUGGGAAACACGGAUUCAAAGCUGAAAUUUAGGAAAGCGGUAAUACAGUUGACUACAAAAACUCAGCCAGUGGAAGCAACUGAUGAUGCCUUCUGGGAUCAGUUCUGGGCUGACACUGCCACGACAGUGCAGGACGUGUUUGCCUUGGUCCCAGCUGCAGAGAUCCGAGCAGUUCGGGAGGAAUCCCCCUCCAAUCUGGCAACCCUAUGCUACAAGGCCGUGGAGAAACUAGUGCAGGGUGCUGAGUCUGGCUGCCCAAGCGAGAGGGAGAAGCAGGUGGUGCUGAACUGCACCCGCAUCCUCACCCGCAUCCUGCCCUACAUCUUCGAGGACCAGGACUGGAGGGGUUUCUUCUGGUCCACCGUGCCAGGGGCGGGCCGAGCAGGGGUGGACGAGGCGGAUGAGGAAGAUGAUGGAGCUCGUCCACUGGCAGAGUCUCUCCUCCUGGCCAUUGCCGACCUGCUCUUCUGUCCCGACUUCACCGUGCAUAGCCACAGGAGAGGAGGCCCGGACUCUGCUGAGGACAUGCAGUCCCUGGACAGCUGCGAGUAUAUCUGGGAAGCUGGGGUGGGCUUUGCACAGUCACCACCACUUAACUAUAUUCAUGACCUCAACAGGACCGAGUUGCUGCGGCUACUGCUGACCUGUUUCUCGGAGGCCAUGUACCUGCCACCAGCUUCCGAUGGUAAUGUGCUUAACCCAUGGGUCACCUUCUUCUGCUCCACAGAGAACAGGCACACCCUGCCCCUGUUUACUUCCUUACUCAAUGUGGUUUGUGCGUACGACCCCGUGGGCUACGGUAUACCGUACAACCAUCUCCUCUUCUCUGACUACCGGGAGCAGCUGGUAGAGCAAGCUGUGCAGAUCCUGAUCGUCACGCUGGAGCACGAGAGUGGCCAUGCCCACCGUGCUCCCUCCCCCACUAGCAUGGACGAGCAGGAUUGUGCAGGCCCACAUAACCUGUUUGUGAACUACCUGUCCAGAAUUCACAGGGAGGAGGAUUACGACUUCGUGCUGAAAGGCCUCGCCCGUCUUCUGAGCAACCCACUCACUCAGACCUACCUACCCAACUCCACUAAGAAGAUCCAGUUCCACCAAGAACUCCUGGUCCUCUUCUGGAAGCUCUGCGAUUUCAACAAAAAAUUCCUCUUCUUUGUGUUGAAAAGCAGCGAUGUGUUGGACAUCCUGGUGCCAAUCCUUUACUACCUAAACGAUGCCCGGGCUGACCAAUCCCGGGUCGGUCUCAUGCAUAUUGGGGUGUUUAUCCUGCUGUUGCUGAGUGGAGAGAGAAAUUUUGGCGUGCGCCUGAACAAACCCUACUCUCUUCAUGUCCCAAUGGACAUUCCGGUGUUCACCGGCACACAUGCUGACCUACUGAUUGUGGUUUUCCACAAGAUUAUCACUAGUGGACAUCAGCGUUUGCAGCCCCUCUUUGACUGCCUGCUCACCAUUGUAGUGAAUGUGUCCCCCUACCUGAAGAGCUUGUCCAUGGUGGCAGCCAAUAAGCUCCUACAUCUCCUCGAAGCAUUUUCCACUGGCUGGUUCCUUUUUUCUGCUGCUCAGAACCACCAUUUGGUCUUCUUUCUGCUGGAGGCAUUCAAUAACAUUAUCCAGUACCAAUUUGAUGGUAACUGUAACCUAGUAUACGCCAUCAUCCGCAAACGCAGUGUCUUCCACCAGCUGGCCAACCUGCCCACAGAUUCUGCAUCAAUCCAGAAGGCCCUCCAAAGAAAGAAGAAGUCCCCAGACACUAUAUCUCGCACCAACUCCCAGGAGAUGGUGUCCAUGGAGGGCUCUCGGCCGGCUGUCCCCGCUGAGCCUGGCACCCUCAAGGCCAGCCUGGUGGCCAUGCCAGGCAUUGAUAAACUUACAGAAAAGUCCCAGGUAUCAGAGGAUGGCACCAUGGUGGCAGUGCCCCAGACAGACUCGCCAGGCUCACCUGAGCAUGGUCCUGUGGCUGGUGCUAGCGACACAGAGUCCAACUCAGGAAGAGACAGUGAGACCCUCCCACAUUCUCGACAGGACGUCUUCUACACAGAGGCAGAGAUGGCUAGGAGGCGUCUGUCAAGUGCAUCAUCGGCUGUCACUUACUGGAACCCAACACCAGAGUGGGUUCUGUCCUGGAAGAGCAAGCUUCCUCUGCAGACCAUCAUGCGCCUCCUACAGGUCUUGGUGCCCCAGGUGGAGAAGAUCUGCAUUGACAAGGGACUGACCGAUGAGUCAGAGAUCCUGAAGUUCCUUCAGCAUGGAACCCUGGUGGGCCUCCUGCCCGUGCCUCACCCCAUCCUAAUCCGGAAGUACCAGGCCAAUGCAGGCACUGCCGUGUGGUUCCGUACAUACAUGUGGGGGGUUGUCUAUCUGCGUAAUGUGGACCCACCAAUCUGGUAUGACACAGAUGUCCGACUUUUUGAGAUCCAGAGGAUGUAAAUGGGGCGGAGUCUCGAUCUGCCCGUCACUGACUGAAGGGUGAGAGAGCAGCUGGUUGGUGAUCUCUAGCUUGGCUCUUCCCACACUGACAACCAUUUAAAGCAUAAAAAUCUUUAACCUGCAUCAUUUCAAUGCUGUAUCCUCUCUCUUCUCAUUAGUUCACUCCAGUAUACAGAGAGGAACAGUUUUUCUUGGACUCAGGUUCACUGACAUAGGUUUUCUGUAACAGUGGCCAUAUCUCUGUGCUGCCAUAAUUGGAUUGUGGGAAUGGAUGGUGUACAAAUGAUAAAGUUUCUAAAUAUAACCCUGCCCUCAUGAUAUUUGAUAAGACCAUAGAAUGUCUGACAGCUUAGGCCACUAAGACUUCUGAGACUUUAUAAAACAAUCCGUCACUGUGGAUGUAUGAAUGAGUUACGUACGAAAUGAGUUAAUGCUGUUUAUCAAACAUGUGUUAUAUAUUUGUUACAAAGAAAAUUUGAAAGUCUGAUGGUACCAAGUAUGCGCAAUAGUGAAUCGCGUUAGCGUGACGGUGUUGCCACAAAACUGCCACUAGAGGGCAGCAUAGCUACAGCUUUCUCUGCUUCGCUAUUUAAUUUUUUUUCCCUGAUUCUGUUUAGUGUACUCUAUAAUCCUUAUUGUGACUUUAGCUCUUGCGGGGAAUGUCAGAGAAAUGUCAGAUGUCUUUGAACUCUUUCAAUUUAACAUUUAAUGAGAAACCCAGAAAAAAACAGUAAAUGUCUCUGGCAACAGCCUAUGUGUUCAAUCAGUAUUCAACAGUAAACACUAAUAGCAAUUUAGCCAAUCGUUGUUUUGCUCUGUGUUAAAUAAGAAUUGUUUAUGGUGAACCAACAUUACUAUUUUUCUCUGCAUAUCAAUUUUGCUAAUGAGGUGGCCUACUGUAUAUACUGUGCUCAGUGUUAAAAGUAGAAAUUUUGCCUCAAUGUUAUAGAAUAAAUAAAUAAAUAAUGUUUAUAUAAUGUA